UCCUGUGUCUUCGCAGCGUUCUAGAAGAACCGUGGCUGGUGAUCAAGUCGGCUUUAAUGCUUUGCGUUUGUUAGCUUAAACUUCUGUAAUUAUAAAAGGAAGUCUUCCAACAGUGUCACUCUUGACUAGGACAACAAUGAGAAAAAUUACCAUACAAUUUCUAUCAUUAAAAAAUUUAAAGGAGAUUUUAUUACUUUAAAAAUGGGUAUGCAUGUGUGUGUGUUGUUGUGUUGUGUCUGAGGGUGCCUGUGUAGGCCAGAAGCAUCCACCCCCAACCCCUGGAGCUGGAGACAUACGGGACUGUGAGCUGCCUGACGUGGGUGUUGGGAACUGCACUCAGAUCCUUGUAAGAGCAGCACUUGAUCUUAGGCCUGAGCCAUUCUUGGAGCCCAGUCUUACAAGGUUUCAAAGGGUCAGAUAUGUUCAUCUGUUUUUAUCCUGCAGGUGGGUAAAUAAGAUUACAUGCGUUUACCCAUUUCCCAUGGGAGAUUUCUGUUCCUUAUGUUCCGAGCCAAUAUUCUGACUAUAGGUACCACAUAUGCUAUUUCACAUAGAAUUGUGGAUCUAGAAGUUGUUUUCUGUGGUGAAAACCAGUGGACAUCUGUGAAGCCAACGGGGGAGUAAAUGAGCAGCAAGGGCCAGUGUUCUCGCGCACUUACCUGGUUGCUAUUUUCAAGAUUCUUCAGAGAAUCCUCUAGACUUGCAUCAUUAAAGUAACAGAACCAACUGAAUGCUAUAGAGGGAGCUUGUAUUUUAUGAAACACUUGACCAAAAUCAGAUUCCCUGAGAAAGGAAUUCCUAUGAUUUCAGCAGGGAAAGUGUGUCCUAGUUGUAGAGCUGAAUCUGGGGCUCUGUGUGUGUGAGUCUCGGUUCCAGCCCCUGUGGGAGCAUAAAACAAGAUAACCAGGAAUUCUUAGGCUUUCCCUUCUAAUGCAAACGUUUAAAAAAUACUGCAAGGGAUGCUUACAAAUGUAAUGCCUUCUUAACAGAGUUUUCUAUCAAAUACAUUUUCCUAUACGGUUACUUCACUUCCUUGUCUAUGACGUAACAAAUGUAAGGAAAUCUUUGCUAGCUGGGGGGUAUCAGAGUCAUGGCUUGAACUUUCAGAGAACUUAGAACAACCUGAAGUUUUACAUCUGUGCUUAUCAGGCUCCUCCUGAACUGGAAGGACUAUAUCAAUACAAUGUCCAGUGCUUACUCCAGAGGCUCAGUACAUACAUGUGUAUCCAAUUUCGGCACUUCUGGUGCUAGGAAUAGGAGAUUGGUUGAAAUAGCUAUAGAAGUAGACAUUUAGAAUUCAUCCUUAGUAACUUAUGUAAAUAAUUUUUGUUUAUAUAUUUAUUGGAAACAAAAUUCUGGUUACCUGAGACAGACUGCACAAGGCUUCAGUAAGUAGAGAAUUUAAAGCACGCAGCUUAAAACUGUUGCUGACACAACCGGCAGAUUGAACCUUGAUACUUCUUUGAUAAUUAAAUAAAAUGCUUUUUUCCCCCAUUUAUUUGGGGAGAGCACUGUAGCAUGCAUGAAGAGGUCAGAGGACGACUUCCAGGGAGGAGUCUGUUCUCUCCGUCUGUCACGUAUGUCCAGGAAUUGAACUCAGGCUAUCAGGCAGAGCUGCAAGUGCUUUUACUUCUGAGCCUUCUUGCCAGCCAGCGAAUAGUGAUCAUUUAAUAAAAUAAACAAACAGCCAUAUGCUUAUAGAUAUCAAUAUUGCUUCAGUGGUGGAUAUAUAUAUAUAUAUAUAUAUAUGUUAUACAUUUAUAUAUUUACUAACAAUGAUAGUUGAGAAGAAAAACAAUCCAAACAUACCUAGCUAGUUGAACAAUAUUAGUAAAAGGGAGUCAAAAGUCUCCUUCAUCUUAAUGGUGAUCAGCCUACAUCUAAAAGUCUGAAAUUUGAUUACCCUCUAUCACCAAAAUAAGUCAUAACAUCCCCAGAUCAUUACAAUGCUUAACUGAUACGGAACAGCUUCUGUAUCAGACAGGCUCUCUGAGCUGCCGGGACUGCUCAGCGGGCCCUCUGCUGCCUCCCAUACAGCCCGCUGCUAAUGAAUCGAACAACCCACGAAGGAGCUGAAUUCUUGCCUGGAUUACUCUAAAUGUGUCACACUAAUUUUCCCAGCUCUCUCUAUGUUUUUAAAUAAUGAAUGCCAUACAACUUCUGUAUAAAAUGAUCUUUUGUUUCAAUGUGAAAAUUUAAAAACUCUAACAGAAUAUCCUAAGGAUUCAGAAAAGACCGUGUAGCUCGUGUUAUUAGUUCACACCAGUCACAAUUUUAACUUAAGUUUUCAGCCUCCUUGACAAUCAACAGGUAGAGUUAUAGAGAAAAUCAUAUUUGCUGGGUGGUAGCAAAGUUUGCUUAUGAUUUUUUUGGUUUCUUUCCCUCUUUAAUUAUAUGAACCAACUGAGUUAUUGAUUGAACCAAAAUUUUUAGGAACUUUGAUUUCUGGGAAAGUCCUUCCUAAAGAAUACUAAUUAAUUUACUUCUUAUAAAGACAAGUCCUUUUAUUAUAGCUCUGUUGGAUGAAUUAUUUCACACUUAGUUAGCAGAAAGCUGUCAGUUUUCUGAGUGAUGUUGCAGAUUCGCCUGUCACUUCCCAGGGGAGCCCAAUGGCAUGUGUAGGCAGACUUCUAAGAUGUGAGCUCCUGUAUUAUGGGUGUACACGGUCGUAGCUGCAUCUGAUCGUAUAUGAGGAGGUUUGAGAGGACUGGAUAUGCAAAAGCACCUUACGCAGGGCCCAGGGAUAAGUAACCAGUCAGUAUAUUUUACCUGUUCUUGUUAUUGGCUGUGUGUUUACAUAUGCACAGACAUGCCUCUGAGCGUGGAGAGGACACUGUACUGAGCUCUUUGAUGUUUCUCUCUGAUUCAGCAUGAGUGCUGCCGUCCUCCUCUCCGUGCUUUUUGCUCUUGCUUGUGGGCAAGCAGCAUCCUUUUGUAUUCCCACUGAGUAUACAAUGUACGUGGAUAGGAGAGAGUGUGCCUACUGCCUGACCAUCAACACCACCAUCUGUGCUGGGUAUUGUAUGACACGGGAUAUCAAUGGCAAACUGUUUCUUCCCAAAUAUGCACUCUCUCAGGAUGUCUGUACAUACAGAGACUUCAUCUACAGAACGGUGGAAAUACCAGGAUGCCCGCACCAUGUUACUCCUUAUUUCUCCUUCCCUGUCGCCAUAAGCUGCAAGUGUGGCAAGUGUAAUACUGACAACAGUGACUGCAUACACGAGGCUGUCAGAACCAACUACUGCACCAAGCCGCAGUCUUUCUAUCUGGGGGGAUUUUCUGUUUAACUUCAAUAGCAGUGCAAUCUGGUUAAAUGUGUUUACCUGGAAUAGAACGAAUAAAAUACCAUUGAGACGUCUUGCCUGCCAUUUAAUCCAUAGGUACAGCCGCACAGGCAUUAGAGAGCUUACGAAGCUUUAGAAGCAGAGGUGUAUGGAAGAGGCUGUCAUGGU